GAUCCUCAACUACGUUGAAGUUUUUUAGUUGAGCCGUACAACAACAUAAGAAAAAACGAUUUAAAGUUCUUAGUACAUCUCAAAAUGAAUCCCGUUGAUGUUUAGGGAUGUUUUACUGAAACACUGCGUCCUUGUGAUCGGCUCCAAGGUCCAGCCAUUUAAGCGAAUGGACAGGAUUUGCGUGUUACUGAUUUGUAAUUAUUUAUAGGGUAAUAGAUGAAGCGAAGGUUAUUCUACAUAAACCAAGGCUCUUCUGCUAAGAUGAAAGACUUUUAGGCAUCCCAAUUACUGAAAUCUGGGGAAUCCCUGGAGGAGGCAAAGAAAUACCAGCGGUAAUGGCUGAGGAUUUUAUCUACAGUGACGGUUUGGAGUUGGAGCAGAGUUCACAACCUGCUUCAAACUCUCAAGCUGAAGCUUCAGUCCAUGACGCACAUUUGACUCCUAAUGGUUGUGGUUACUCAACUAAUGCUCCUAAAAAUCAUAGUGAAAAUCUGCAGAGCCCUGAAUUGGAAGAUCUGGAUUCUUAUAACCCGAUUGAGCCGCCACCACUAGACUGGAGAUCCGACUCUUCCAGUGAUACCGGCUCAGUUGCAGAACUCGAAAUCUGUUCAGUGGGAGACUUUGAGGCACACGGAUCCUUCAACACAGAGUUGAAUGAAGACAUAAUGUCCGCAGGAAAUGAUUAUGGAGCUGAGCACUUAAGCGAAGCUCCUGACAAAACUGAAGAUCUUUUAGUUCAGGAAAUAUGUGAGAUCAGGCCUGAAAUUAGUGUUUGUCAAAGUCAAGAUGCUCCACAAGAAACACACAAGAUUUAUGCAGGAGACAGAGGUAGAACAUGUAUAAACCCAGAGAUGAAGAUAGGGAAAAUCAAAGAGAAGGAAAACGAUAUUGACCACUCGCACAUUCAGAGUCUUCUAACUCAACUCCAUCUUUUUAAACCAUCAACAUCAUUUGAUAAUCCUGCCGCUUUCACACUUGAUCAUGGAACUCUGCAUACACCACCGGAGUCCACUGCUUCUUCCUCACAAGAGCUUGAGUUUAGUGCCCAGUCAGCAUGUGCACGUUCAGACAGGAACGUCCCUGAAGCUCUGCUCUUUUCACAUGAAUAUCAGAAAGAUCUGAUGCAGAUGCUGGAGGACCAAGAGCCAGAGGAGCUCAGUACUGCUCCACAGUUUGUUCACACACGCCUGGUGACCCCUGAACAUCAGUCCAGUCUCAGAAGGCAGAGCAGUGAUACAGAUGAAGUCAUCUCCAUGUCUCACAGUCAGGAUGCUUGGCACAAACACUUGCAGGAUGAGUUUUUGGUCUCAGGAGUUGCAGAGGACGAUCAGUGGACGCAGUCUGAAAGCCUGUCUGCUGAUCAGUCGGUCUCCCCAAACAAUGAUCUGGAUGCUGAGACACAGCCGCCAUAUAAGAAUGUGCCCGGACCAUGUGACCCUGAAGACCUCCUGGAUGGCGUGAUCUUUGGAGCUAAAUAUCUUGGAUCUACACAAUUACAGUCUGAGAAAAAUCCUUCCACCAAUGCCCGGAUGGCCCAGGCACAGGAAGCUGUCGAUCGCAUCAAGGCCCCUGAAGGAGAGUCUCAGCCCAUGACAGAGGUGGAUCUGUUCAUUUCCACACAAAGAAUUAAAGUGCUGAGUACUGACACACAGGAGGCCAUGAUGGACCAUUCUCUGCAGAUGAUUUCAUACAUCGCGGACAUUGGGAACAUUUUAGUUUUGAUGGCCCGCAGGAAGCCGGCUAGUCGUAAAUCAGCAGACACGACAGAUAGCUCUGCGGCGCCACCGAAAAAGUGCUGGAUGAUCUGCCAUGUCUUUUCUUCAGAGGACGCUCAGAUCAUCGCACAGGCCAUUGGUCAGGCGUUUGGUGUUGCAUAUCAGCAGUUUCUGUACACUAAUGGAAUUAAAGCUUGUGAUCUGAAGCCAGGCGAAUACAGCGAUUAUCUCGGCACGCAGGAACUUUACAACGGAGACCUGGUUCACUUUUCUCGCUCUGAAAACAUCAGAGAGGUGUGUCUUACUAAAAAGGCAGGAGAGAUAUUAGGUCUUGCAAUUGUGGAGUCUGGCUGGGGCUCUAUUUUACCAACUGUGGUGGUAGCCAACCUGCUUCACGGUGGUCCUGCAGAACGUUCUGGCGAGCUGAGCAUCGGGGAUCGCAUUAUGUCUGUUAAUGGCACCAGUCUGGUGGGCCUCCCUAUCGCCACCUGUCAAAGUAUUAUACGAGAUUUAAAGAACUUGUCUAUGAUAAAGCUCAGCAUUGUUCACUGUCCACCCGUCACCAUGGCGAUUAUUAAGCGCCCUGAUCCCAAAUAUCAACUUGGCUUCAGUGUGGAGGACGGCAUCAUUUGCAGUCUAAUGCGGGGUGGAAUAGCUGAGCGGGGCGGCAUUCGAGUUGGUCAUCGUAUUAUUGAGAUCAAUGGACAGAGUGUGGUAGCUACACCUCAUGAGAAGAUCAUCAACAUCCUGUCCAAUGCUGUGGGAGAGAUUCAUCUGAAGACAAUGCCAACAUCAACCUAUCGUCUCCUAACUGGCCUGGAUCAGCCUGUGUUCCUUUAGUAGGCGGUUCCUCUCAGGUUCUCACAUGCAAAAAAAACACUGAACACUUGACUGCAAUGUAGAAAAAUACAUUUUUUAAAACUCUUCUUUAAGCUGAUUAAUACAAUUGGAACAGUGUAAAAUGAUAUAGUUAUCAUGGACCUCCAUUUUAAAGCUCUAUAUUUAACUGCAGGUUUGUAUGUGUAUUGUUUUUGCUUUGCUGCUGAUCCAAGGUGCCUAAAACAAGCCUUGUGUUUGAAUGACUAUGCAUUAGAGUCUAGCCAAAACGAGUCUUCCAGCACUUCUGCAAUAGAUAUUUGUAUUUCAUUGUGUUUGAAGCGUUUACGUGCUCUUUUACCGAGCUAAAGACUAUGUGCCUGGAAAACCUUGAUCAUGCCAGGGUUUGUUUUUAGCCACAGACAUGAUAGAGGUAUAUUUUAAUAACUGCUGUAUGAGAUGUAUAUUAAAGAUACAUAAAGACA